UCACGAAGAUCCUUUAGGUAUAUCAAAAUCCCAACUUCCACCCAAUUAAACCCCUUAUUUUCCACCGAACUCUCUCAUCGUCGUCAAUCUAGAAUCUCCGAUCACAAUGCUCGGCGGCUUGUACGGUGAUCUUCCACCGCCGUCGUCCUCCGGCGACGACGACAAACCCAGCAACAGCACCAGCGCUAAUGUAUGGUCUAGCAGCACUAAGAUGGCCCCGCCAGCUCUCCGCAAAACCUUCGCCCCACCCCAAACCCUUCUCCGACCUCAGCCCAAACCCAAACCCCAGCCUUCAUUAUCAGCAGCUCCUAAGCCCAUCCCCCUCGACGAGAACACCAACCCUAACCCCACACUCUCCGCAACGUCGUCGUUUCAACCUGCCCUAGUGGCUGUUACAAGCUCCGUAUUAGAAGAAUACGAUCCAGCCCGGCCCAACGAUUACGAAGAGUAUCGGAGGGAGAAGAAGAGGAAGCAAAUGGAGGCUGAAGUGAGGAGGGAGUUAGAAGAGAGGGAGAGGAGGGAGAUGGAGAGGGAGAGGGAGGAGAAGGAGAAGAGAGAGAAAGAGAGAGAAUUGAACAUUUCAGGGGAGGAGGCGUGGCGGCGUAGGGCGGCAAUGAGUGGUGGUGGAGGAGGCAGUAGUGCUCCUCCGCCACGGUCGACUUCGCCGCCACCGGGGAAUGAGUUUAGUAUAGGGAGAUCAGAGAGUGGGGGUUUGGGAUUGGGUGCUGAGGGAAAAAUGACAGCUGCACAAAGGAUGAUGGCUAAGAUGGGUUGGAAGGAAGGUCAGGGACUUGGGAAGCUAGAACAGGGUAUUACAACUCCAUUGAUGGCUAAAAAGACGGAUAAGAGAGGUGGAGUUAUAGUGGCUAGUGAAGCAAAGCAGCAACAACAACAACAACAGCAACCUGAAAAGAAGGUGAAGAGUGUGAAUUUUAAUAUGCCUCCAACAAGGGUUGUACUGCUCAAGAAUAUGGUUGGUCCUGGCGAGGUUGAUGAUGACCUAGAAGGUGAGGUGGCUGAAGAGUGCACUAAAUUUGGUACCGUAACUCGUGUCUUAAUAUUUGAGAUAACAGAGGCAAAUUUCCCUCAUGAGGAAGCCGUUCGGAUAUUCGUUCAAUUUGAGAGAGCAGAACAAGCAACUAAAGCCCUUAUCGAACUUGAAGGUCGAUUUUUUGGUGGUAGGAUUGUUCGUGCCUGCUUCUAUGAUGAGGGGAGGUUCAGCAAUAAUGAGUUAGCUCCCAUGCCAGGAGAAAUUCCUGGCUUUUGACCAAGCAGUUAUGGUUCAAAUCGUAAGUUCUUUUUAUUUUGUCACAGGGACUCUAAUUUUGGUUAGAGUGGCUUUAAGUAAAAGGCCUUAGGUGAUAGGUCUCCUUGUAUUUCUUUUCAGAAAAUAGGUCCCUUGUAUCUAUUGUCUCAAGUUUUACACAAAGUAUGUAUCAAAAACUUCCCCCUGUUUUUGCUGAACUGAUGAACUUCAUUGAGGUGCAACACCAGAGUAAUUUCCCAAGGGUGUGCAGAUCUACCAUGGACAUCUCUCAGUGACGAAGAAUGUACAACUUUGACAUUACUCUGAGGAACUUGGUUUUAGUGUUUCUUCUAAUGCGGGAAGUUAAAAUUAUUGUUUUA